UCCUCCUCAAACUCGAAGUGUAGAAUAUUUUGAGCCUCGAACUACUAUCCUAUCGUAUUCUGGCUGCUUGCACCACAUACACACUGCGGAGAUGAUCGGUCUUUGGUCUUUUAAUUCUCACUUGCUAGGCGAUCAAUUUCACGAUCAUUAUGCGGUUGCAAGGAUCGCUCUGAACAUCAUCUUCUUUUGUACCAUCGUCUAUGCCUCAGCUACCCAGCCGAGCAGCUCUGUACGGGGUGCUCCCUUCAAUCAGAUUCGAUUUGGCACCUUCGCAUUGCUCGGUUCAUAUGUUUUGUUGAUCAUAGGCCUGUUUCUGCAUGAGACACGCAUCAAAAUGCCCUUCGGAUUUGUGCUUUACGACUGGUUCACUGAGGUUCUCAGAGUCUCCGCCAAUGUGCUCAUUCCUGCAGGCGCACACGCUGUCGUGACACGACUGCUUGGGUGGAUGGGGCCGUCUGCGAAAUGGUGGGCUUUUGUAGGAGAUUUCUUUGUCCUGACCGCGAGGAUUAUGGCAUUGUACUAUCUAGGCAGCUUGCUCGCGCACCAGGUUCUCUGGCUUCAAGUGGCACAGGUCGACACGGUACAGACGAUUAUGGUGCGGAAGAACCAGUUUGAUGUGGCAUUCUCUAUUUUACUCUGGAUCCUAGCCUUCUUCAUUCUCUUCGAGGCGGCUGUGGCACUGUGGGGAGACUGGAGAGGGGAAAAGGAUCGUGCAGCAAUCCCACGGUACUAUUACCAUGCCAUAGGCGCUUCACUGGCCCUUUGGGUACGAACACUUGCUGAGCUAAUCAUUGUGGUUCGCUUUCACCUCAAGCAGCAUCUGCUGCUCCGCGAUACGGCACUCUCCAGGGACACGGUCUUCGGCCUGUUUACCGUCAUCUUCCUCUUCCUGAUUGUACGCGUCUUUCAGGAUUCUUCUAGGCAUAUUGAUUGCGCUCCUCUCUUGACCAAGAUGCAAGAGGAAACUCGUCUGCAUAUUGUCCGACAAGCUCAACAUCCGACGAACCCAAACGGUGUUGCGCCUUCGAUGGAAUCAAUCCUGCAGGCGAUAGGGCGUAAUCCAACCGCCUCUCUCUCCUCCCAAACAAACACCGAUCUCAACAAUAUGCCAGUGAGUGUGAAGCAGGACUAUCUGGAUGGUUUGGUAGAGUAUCUGACGGAGUUGAGAAGAAGGCACGGCGCCUUGAAAGGAGUGAACUUUGCAAGGGAGUUUUGAGCUUGUAUUUGUAGAUCCAAGUCGGCAGCGAAGAGCAAAU